AGCGAGCAGCAGCAGCUGUGACUGUAUGAUACUAUUUUUUUUUUACUUAUCUUUGCACAUAAAACGGAAGGAACAGCUUUCGACACUCACCUGAAACUGAAUGAAUUUGCCGCGACUUGCCAUCACCACAACGCUGUCUUUUGGUCUACGCGGUUUGGUACGGAUUGCAAUGUACGCAUGGUAAUGCACAAAGUCAGACGAGGAGGGAGAUGUUUUGCAAUUAUUAAAAUUGUUGGAAUUUUACUGCAUGGGAAUAUUGGAAGGUAACCUCUGACAUACGCAUUGAGGAUAUUGGAGAUAAUCGCUGUUUUGCCUUCUGUGGAGAAUACCUUGAAGAAGAGGCACUUUGGACAGAGAUAAAACGAAUACUUUGGAGUUGGCAUAACCAAGGGAUGGACAUGGGAUUAUCAAUGUAGUCUCAGAGGCUUGUACACAACACACAUUAUUGAAUGUGCCCACCUCUUCAAGAAAAGUCCAAUAAAACGGAGGACAAAACUCACUGAAAGAUAUUAUUCUGUGUUAUCGAGAAUUGACAGCGCUAUCUGGUAGAUUGGCUACAUCGCUCUACGUCUGUACCCGUGCGAAAACUGCAUUCUUCGAAUUUAACUGGGAAUUUAUAAGAACUUUAAGAAUUCAUCUAAACCGACCCGUUCAUUGACAGCUGAUGUGAACAUGCCUUCGAAACUGUUCACUGCGUCUCAAUAAAAUCCCAAUUUCUCUUCGCUACCGUUGGCAUCGCUACUGUGUGCACCUUCACCAAGGCUAGCUUUGCAGUUUAACCAAGGACACGCGUGCAAAACGAAACACUUACAGUUAGUAGGAAAGUCGGAUUUCCAUUUACAGUCCGCUGCCCAUGUCUUCUACUAGUUGGCGAGCGAAAUCAAACUACAUGUGGCGGUAAAUCCUCGAGGUUUGCGUUGAGUCCAUCUCUUUUGAAACACAGAAUUACUGCGUAUCGGUCGCAUUACAGAUAAAAGCUCAGUGAUAAUGGCUGGAGUGGGUUGCUGUUGGAAAUAUUACCUCUGGAUUUUGAUUGCCAUGUGCAGAUCCGCGUUACCAGUUGCAAAAUCCCUGGAGACAGUUAUCUGGAGCUCACAAAAUCCCAAGUUCCAGGCAGGGAAGGGUCUAGUGAUCUACCCGGAGAUCGGGGACAAGCUGGACAUUAUCUGCCCCAAGGCAGACGUGGGUCGGCCUUACGAGUUCUACAAGCUGUACCUGGUGAAGAAGCACCAGGCCGACGCCUGCAGCACCAUCAUGGACCCCAACGUGUUGGUCAACUGCAACAAGCCUGAGAAGGACAUCAAGUUCACCAUCAAAUUCCAGGAGUUCAGCCCAAACUACAUGGGUCUAGAGUUCAAGAAGAACAUCAACUACUACAUCACCUCGACAUCCAAUGGGACCUCUGAGGGCCUGGAGAACCGAGAGGGCGGAGUCUGCAACACCCUCACCAUGAAAAUCAUCAUGAAGGUUGGACAGGACCCGAAUGCGGUGGUUCAGGAUCCGGUGGUUACGGAGGAUCCGGGGAAUGGGAAGGACGAGUCUGUGAAAGCCCCCACCACCAGCCCGGCCCAGAACGAGAGGCCUGUGGAGCCAGGGAACACCGAGUCCAUGAACGACAAGACCGACGUCGGCGACGGGAUCUUCAGCUCCAAGGCGGCCUUGUUCGCGGCCAUCGGUGCGGGCUGUGUCAUCUUCAUCAUCAUCAUCAUCCUCCUGAUCAUCCUGCUGAUUAAGAUCCGGAAGCGGGCGAGGAAGCACAGCCAGCCCCGGGCCCCGGCGCUGACCCUCAGCACGCUGGCCAGCCCCAAGGGCUCGGGCAACGCAGGCUCCGAGCCCAGCGACAUCAUCAUCCCGCUACGGACUACAGAGAACAACUACUGCCCCCAUUACGAGAAGGUGAGCGGGGACUACGGACACCCCGUCUACAUCGUGCAGGAGAUGCCCCCCCAGAGUCCCGCCAACAUCUACUACAAAGUGUGAGGAAGACGAAACGACAGAGAGUGAGUGAGAGAGAGAGAGAGAGAGAGAAGAGUCGAUAGCUUAUUGGACGUUUGCUUUUUUAAAAAGAAUUCUGGCCUGCCUUUUUUAACUACCUUGACCUUGUGGCUUUGGAGGACACUUUCAGUGUUUGACACACAGAGACAUCGAGAGAAAACGAGAGUGAGCACGUGCGGGAAACAAGCAAAGGUUUCCCCACAAACAAACACAGACUUCAACCUUUCGCUACGGCUCCUGCCCCCAGCACCUCUACCCCCUCUUUCCUGGACACAAGGCACAGGUUCCCUGCCUCCACCUCUUCACAGUUUCUCUGUUCUGUAUCACUCUUUGGAAAAAGGUGCCAUCUUAAUUUGGUCAGGUCUUUCGAUGCAGGACAGUUUCUGUAUGUGCGUGCAGAGAGACAAGGGGGGGGGGGGGGGGUGUAUUUGAAAAGCAACAAGGACCCCCCAGCUUAAACAGACUGACAUGAGGGCUCCGUCGCCAAGGUGACCCUGUUGGGAGAUUGCUCAGGUAACCGGGGACGAUGCGAUGACAAACAGCUGAAGACCAUACUAUUUCACAUUGUGUUUACCACUCCACUUCCUCAUUGAACGUUACCUUGUUCCCUCCUUCACAAAAUAGUUUCUUUGCUUGUAAGACAUUUAUUGUUGGUUGAUUGGUUGUUGUUGUUUUUUUCUCCUCUUCUCAUGUUUACAGUAUACAAUAUAAUGGUAAAUAUUUCAAUUCAUCUCAUUCGUUACUAGUGCAGGUUUGUUAUGUAGAAGGUCAUGCAUUUAAGCAGAGGGGCAUCUAAACAGACCAGCUUGUCUUCUCGUCACACAAACACAAACAUUGGCUUCCAUGCAUUUGCAGGCAGGGCACGUCCACACUUUGGGUAUUUAAAGCCGGCGCUCGCCACAGCCGUUUGAGAGGCUGGUUUUGGUCAUGCUCGCUCAGGAAUUUGACCGGUGAAAAUCUGAGGAGCCUCAAGGCGCUUGCAUGCCUUCCUGCAGAAAAGCCACCAGGUGUUAUUAAUUAAAACAGCAACGAUAGCAGGUUAGGAGGGGCCAACUCCAAAGCCACCGAAACGUAAAUAAAACCUAAGGGGGGAGGGGGGGUGGGGUCAUGUGCCUCCCUGCGCUGAAAUCGAUCUGAAAUUCCACACCUCUGCCGCUGCCGACCCCAGGGGUCCUCCUGGUGGCAAGAAAUAAUAACAAGAUCAAAUAUGUCCUGCAAAAACAACACCGGCGUGGAAGCAAUUAGGAUGUUAUCAGGGGAAAGACUAGCAGAUUUAUUGGGCACGUUUCCUCUCCUAAUGUUGGAGUUUCAGAAGGACAGCGCAGUAGACAGGCUAGCCUGGAAUGGGACAGACUGCAGUGAGAAUCAUUUGUGGCGGCUGGACAUUAAUUUACUGCCCUUUCUGUGGCAGCCGAUUGGCUAGGUACGACGCUCUCUGAUAUGCACUGGAGGAAGGUAUCGAGCCGGUCAGGAUACUUCCUCUGAAGCUCAGUUUGCCUGUAUGGGUGCAUAGCGUCACCCAUACUCAGCCGGAGGGGCUGAGGUGGGGAGGGGGAUCGAAAUUGUACAUUCUUUGUUGGGUGUGUCUCCAUUAGACAGACUCGAGAGAAGAGCGUGCAAAGAUGAAACACUCCAGACCUGCUUUAGCUCUGUUCUCAGCAGGGCCCUGGUGAUCGAUGGUAGAACAAUGACAGAUAAUGGUAGAACCAUAUUCCUGAUGCAUUAAACAGUCCUGAGUGUACGAUUACAAGCUAUAAAUCCAGUCAAGAAACAAACAUAUGUUACUCAUAAUUCACCCUGCAACAACUCUGUAUGCUCUAGUAUUAUUAAUCUCAAUAUUAUUAUUAUUAUGAGUGACUACAUUUAAACUUAAUGUAGAGCAUUCAUUUCUCUACCACACGGAUAUUAUUCAAGAGAAUAGCUUUUAUUCAACCAAAAUAUUCUAAACACAAGUCUAUCUCACCUCAGGUUUGAUCUUAAUAAAUGCACACGAUCCCUCAGUAUCCUCUCCCAAUGCCGGCCUUCUCAAAAUGACCCUCCAGUUUGCCGUUCUUUAUUUUAGCCCUUGUUAGAGCAUCUUGUUUCUAGGGCAAAACAGAAAGAUUAAAAGACUGUGACUGUUGUUUCACUGUAGCUGUCACUUCUCAGUAACGAAGGAAUUGCGACUGUCUUUUCCUGUCAGUGUCAGACUUUUGAAAGCGAAUAAUGAGGUAGCUCUCACAAUGGACGUCGCCCACACCUUACCAAAUAUAUGAAGAAAGCCUGGAAGGCCCUUCUCUGCCCGGGGUUCGAGUCAUUGCAGCCUGCCGCUGCUACCAAUACCAAUUUAUGUAUGUGCAAGACUUUAAAAAGAUUUGAUUAAUAGGUUUGAUUAAUGAAGAGCGCUUACCUCAAAAAUACAUUGACAGUAUUCACAAAGUAGGAAAGAACAGUGCUUUGGGUCUGCUGCCUGGUUUACCUGUUGGAAUCGUGACAGUUAUCCUGCAUUUAUCUGCUGAGAAGGCUUCACCCAAGGUUGACUGGCCAAAUAAUUUGACAAAAUGUGGUAUUAAUUGGGUGUAUGUGUGCUACUAUAAUGGAGGGGUCUGUUUAUAGCACAUCUAGAAUAUUCUAGAAAUCCACCUAUUCUCUGGAAUAGAGUAUUCAGUGAAAGGCAGAUUACUCAACUGAAAAUGUACUGUAUCUGCCUAGAUUUGUCAUUCAUAGCUUGAUUUAAUCAACCCAUUUUGGGCUUCCCCCCUCUUAAAUGCAUUCUUGAAUAAUUGUAAUAGUAUACUGCAGUUUAAAGAAAUUUCAACACACAUUUCAUUUUGAGUGGUAUGUUGUUCAUCCCAUUAAUUACAAUCCAGCAAAAAACAAUUGAAAUGGUGUAAAUAUGUGGGGGACAAGAUGAAUUUAAAAGCUGAAUUUAUUAGAACCCCUUUUAUGAAAAAAAUAUAAAAUUAGAUUUUUUAAUGCAGAAUUUUUUGUAAAUAGUUGUCUUUUUAAAAAGGCAUUUUGUAUAAACUUUAAUUAUUUUCUUGUUUGAUUUUUUUGUUAAUAAAAAUAAAGAUAAGGAAAAAAUCUC